UACGUCACUUCCUGGAUGAUCUCCACGGUAACUGAUGGGUCGCUCCGCUCGUGCUGUCAAGAGUAGUCGUCAGUUGUUGGACUCGGACGGUCUGAUUACAGUCAUGGCUGAAAGUGACGGGCGCGCGUAUUUCAGGAGAUCCAGUUUGUUCUGGAUUAUCACUGUAACUCUGUCCAUCUGUUUCUUCACGUGGGUGGUAUUUUGGCCUCAGGACGUCCCGUAUGACUCUCUGGGUCCUCUCGGUGCUCUGGCCAAACAUUUUGUUGACUAUCAUUACUCUGUGAUUUACUAUGGAUGGUUUUUGACCUGGGUUGUUCAUUUGUUUGAGGCUUGUUUUGCGCUCAAAGUCUGCAGUGAGAAAGGAAUCGACAGCACGUCAACCCGUCUGAUGUGGUUCGGUCAGACCUUCUUGUUCGGUUUCGCUUCUCUGGGCCUUCUGAUCAAAUAUAAGCCAGGCGGUCGAUCCAAGCGGCAUUGAGCGGUGACCAAUGUAACCUGAUGAGAGGAACCCUCACACCCCAGCAGAACUGCUCAACAUGAGACAGUUUACUCCUGCAGGACACUCGAAUCGUUAAUGGACGACAUUCCUACAGAAUACAGAAGUUAUAUUCAUCAUCAUCAUCAUCUCUCAAUGCUUUGCUUGUUUAACACAUCAUCAUCAUCAUCAUCAUCAUCAUCCAUGAGAGCAGUUUGUCUGGAAGUGUGUGGAGUUUAUCCUCUGACACUAAAGCCGAAGUCAAUCUUACCCACCUGAGGGCUUUUCUUUAACCAAUCAAUACCUGUUUAAUCCACAGUGUUUCUGUUAGAUUAGCGUUUCAUCUUAUUUCAUUACUGGACUUACAGUAAAGCACAAACAGUAGAAAUACAUGAGACAACAUGAUCUGUCAUCAUUUCCCUGCCAUCAUUUCAGCAUUCCCAUCAUGCUGGUGUUUUAAAAUGUUUUAAUGAGUUAUAUUUAAUACAUGACUACUAAAAUUAUACAUUGACUGUCAAUGUAAGCGCUGGAUGCUUUUCUUCUUCUAAAGUCUCUUUACUUUCACUGUUUAAGUGCCUUACUGUUUAAAUGUUUUUUUUUCUGUAAUAAUUAAAUGUGACACAAGUCCUGUGUGUUAAACAGUAAAAUGUUUAAGAAAACCACUUAACAUUCCCGAGACAAUACUACAACAUUCAACUUGAAGCGCUGUAUUUUACCUCUUCAUUUUUAUAAUAAAUUCAUUUACAGAUGAAAGGAGAUUUGUGUUUUUAAAAGCUGUAUGCAGUGGAUUGAGAUUUUUAAGAGAAAUAAAAUCAACUGAUUUCA